AUGGAAGUGGCCAACCAGUCCACGGUGACAGAAUUUGUACUGCUAGGCCUCUCUGCCCACCCAACGCUGGAGAAAACGUUCUUUGUGCUCAUCCUGUCAAUGUACCUGGUGAUCCUGCUGGGCAACGGGGUCCUCAUCCUGGUGACCAUCCUCGACGCCCACCUGCACACGCCCAUGUACUUCUUCCUGGGGAACCUCUCCUUCCUGGACAUCUGCUACACCACCUCCUCGGUCCCCCUGGUCCUGGAUGGCUUCCUCACUCCCAGGAAAACAAUCUCUUUCUCAGGCUGUGCAGUACAGAUGUUUCUCUCCUUUGCCAUGGGAGCCACGGAGUGUGUGCUCCUGGGCAUGAUGGCAUUUGAUCGCUAUGUGGCCAUCUGCAACCCCCUUAGGUACCCAGUGGUCAUGAGCAAGGCUGCCUAUGUGCCCAUGGCCGUCAGCUCCUGGGUGGCUGGUGGUGCCAACUCCUUGGUGCAGAUCUCCCUUGCGGUACAGUUGCCUUUCUGUGGGGACAAUGUCAUCAAUCACUUCAUCUGUGAGAUCCUGGCUGUCCUGAAGUUGGCCUGUGCUGACAUUUCAAUCAAUGUGAUCAGCAUGGGGGUGGCCAACGUGAUCUUCCUGGGGGUCCCGGUUCUGUUCAUCUUUGUCUCUUACAUCUUCAUACUCACCACCAUCCUGAGGAUCCCCUCCGCUGAGGGGAGGAGGAAGGCCUUCUCCACCUGCUCUGCCCACCUCACUGUGGUCAUCAUCUUCUAUGGGACCAUCCUCUUCAUGUAUGGGAAGCCCAAGUCCAAGGACCCCCUGGGGGCAGACAAGCAGGACCUUGCAGACAAGCUCAUCUCCCUCUUCUAUGGACUUCUGACCCCCAUGUUAAAUCCCAUUAUCUACAGCCUGAGGAACAAGGAUGUUAAGACGGCUGUGACAAAGAUGCUUGGAAAACUCUGA